AUGUGUAUUGAAAUUCUACGAGGGAAAAGACAAUGGGACAAUAAGCUGUCUGGGAGCAAUGAGCAAGAAAUUGACACUAAGCCGGGUUUGGAUUACUUGCACAAUAGAACUAAGCCAAGAAUCAUACACCGCGAUUUGAAGAGCAGCAAUAUACUUCUGGAUGCAGAGAUGAAUGCUAAGGUAUCUAACUUUGGCCUUUCUAAGCAAGUAACUCAAUCAGAUGCAACACAUGCAAAGCCAUACUUGCAGGCAGGUGCAUUUGAGAUAGUAGAUGAGAGCGUAAAAGGAACAUUUGAUUCGAAAGCAUAA